GGUAGGUGAGCAGCGGAUUUGUCUUUUCUUACGUAGUAACGUUAGUUAGCUGUGAACUUUAAAAAGCCACCGUUUGUAGACCAGACACACAGUAUGCUUCCUCGCAGGCAGGACUACGGGAUGAAAAGGACCGGAGCGGUGCGCAGCGGCUCGGUGAUAAACUUUAGGUCAGCGCUGAACUCUGGCUCCGGCCGCCGCAGCUCCGCGGUGCUGCCGUCGGUGCUAACGUUUCUGGUGAUCGUAGCAUCCGGAGGCCUGUUGCUCAUGAUAGAGAAAGGAAUGCUGAACAGCAUGGAGACGCCUCCACCCCGGGGUAGCGGCAAGCGGCUGGACUUCAUGCGGCAGGUUGGCAAACACAAUCCGGCCGCCGUGGACGUGGAGUCCCAGAUCCUCCAGGAGAUCCGUAACCGGACCAUCAGGACCAUGUGCAGCCAGAAGAACAUGCCCCACAGCAUCUGGUCCCUGAGCCCGCUGCAGAGGAAGACGCUGCUGCAGCACAUCCUGGUGAAUGACCAGUACCGCUUCCUCUACUGCUACGUCCCCAAAGUGGCCUGCUCCAACUGGAAGAGGGUUCUGAAGGUUCUGAGCGGGGCUCUGGAGAGCGUGGACGUCAACAUCAAGAUGAACCACCAAAGCGACCUGCUGUUUCUGUCCUCUCUUAAGCCUGAGGAGAUCCGCUACCGCCUCAAGCACUACUUCAAGUUCAUGUUUGUGCGGGAGCCCAUGGAGCGCCUGCUGUCUGCAUACAGGAACAAGUUCGGAGAGAUUCAGUCCUACCAGAGGAAGUACGGUGUGGAGAUCGUGAAGCGCUACAGAAAAGGUCACGCUAAGGACGCGUCUGUGACAGGGGAUGAUGUGACCUUUGCAGAGUUUGUCCGUUACUUGCUGGAUGAGGAUGUGGAGCGCAUGAAUGAGCAUUGGAUGCCGGUGUACAACUUAUGCCAACCCUGUGCUGUGAACUAUGACUUCAUCGGCUCCUAUGAGCACCUUGAAAGCGAUGCAGAGUUUGUGCUGCAGCGUAUUGGCGCGCCUCCUGAUGUUCACUUCCCAGAGAGGCAAACAUGGUAUAAGCCGGUCACCACAGAGACGUUACACUAUUACCUGUGCAGCUUACCGCAGAAGCUGCUGAGGGAACUCCUGCCCAAGUACAUUUUAGACUUUUCCCUCUUCACUUAUCCUCUCCCCAACACAACCACUGAACACUGCCGGCAUUAAAAGUGCAAUGUUUUAUAGUACGGAGAUUAUUUUUUAUAGAGAAUCGUGUGUAUUAUUUUUUAUUUCUAGGGAAAAAACAGUAUUUUGUUAGCUGUUACACAUUUUUACUUGAGAUGUUCAAAUAUAAUCGCAAAAUGCUGAUUAUUGGGAAGAGAUGGAGACUUGACUUCAAAACCACUAAAGCUUGAAAUCAGCUGCAGACAAAAAAAAUCAUGUAAAUCACUUAUCACAACAUGUUCCUAUCAUGCACUGUUACAGUAAAUGAACCAAUUCAGUAUACACUGAUGGAAACGCAAAGAUGGAAAUACCAAACAUUGUAUUUUGCUUGUUUCUUCACCUACACAUUGGAGAAGGUAAAGAGUUAAUGGCUUCAGUGGGCAUUCAGUGCUUUAGCAGGCUAAAACACAUACCAUGUACUCGCUGGGUUGUGGGGUUUAAAUCAAGCUUGUGUUGUUGUUUUUUAUUGGUGUUGUCGUAUGUUACAGGCUCUCCCUCCAUCUUUCCUAUAACUUUGGACUAUUUACCUUGUAAUAAAACACAAGUUCAAUUUUUGUGAUGUA